AUGGGAGCCUGCGCAUCCUGCCUUGGCCGGCGCGGCGACGAUCCCUUCGACGAGGAUGAUGUCUCGCGACUACUUCUAGAUGACCCAAACAACUUCCAGUACGGCAGCUUCAGCGAUCAGAACAUCAAUCCUCAGGCCGACCCCCAAGAAUCACAACGGGAGACGGAGGCUCUGCAGAAGGUGGUGGCGCGCACGUCCAAUAAUUUGGUCGAUAUCUUCGAGAUCACACCGCAGGAGUCACAGCGCACCCAUCCGACCAUGUUUUCGGGCCAGAAUGUCUGCUUGGACAAAUACCAAAACAUAAUCUCUAAAUUGUUGGCUAGUGACGAUAUGACCUCGGUACAGGGACACGUGGACUGGCUCAGUGACGACGACAUAACGGAGGUGCAGGGCGGUAUGCCCGGGAUCAAGGAAGGAGGAGAGCCUCUUGUGGGGACAUUUGCCGAUGCAGCAACCGCAGUGGCAUGA